AUCCAGCCUCCUUAAAACCCCAAAACCCAAUCUGGAUUUCUAACUUAAAACGUCAACUUGAAGCGUAGAAAGAAAGAAAGAAUCAAUGGGGGAGAAGAAGGGUCUUCUACCCAAACAAGAAGAAGAGCCAUGGCGAGUCCUGGAAUUCUACAGUGGUAUUGGUGGCAUGAGAUAUUCACUUAUGAAGGCUGGUGUCAAUGCAAAAGUAGUGGAAGCUUUUGACAUAAAUGACAAAGCUAAUGAUGUUUAUGAACACAAUUUUGGCCACCGUCCUUAUCAGGGUAAUAUUGAGACUCUGACGGCUGCUGAUCUUGACAACUAUGGGGCACACACGUGGCUGCUCUCACCACCUUGUCAACCCUACACUCGACAAGGUCUUCAAAAGCAAUCCGGUGAUGCUCGAGCAUUUUCUUUUCUCAAGAUUCUUGAACUUAUUCCUCACACUAAGCAACCUCCAAAUAUGUUGUUUGUGGAAAAUGUUGUUGGAUUUGAGACUUCAGAUACACAUGCAAAAAUGAUAGAGAUAUUAGCAAGUUCUGAAUAUACUACACAAGAGUUUAUAUUGAGCCCACUGCAGUUUGGUGUGCCUUAUUCCAGGCCACGUUAUUUUUGCUUGGCAAAAAGAAAGCCUUUAUCAUUUCAACACGAAGUCUGCAAUAACAAAUUGCUUUGGUCUCCCAGCCCAUUGUUCGAGCAUAAUGAAAAUAAUGUAAUGGAUGGAUGGGACCAACCACCCGCGAACUGGGAUACUUUGAUCCAUUCUUGUGAGCCAGUUGAGAGGUUUCUUGAGUUCAAGAGCUCCAGCAACCAAGUAACAGGAGCAACUGGAACUGAUGUUUCAGCGGAUUGUUCUGGAGCUUUGGAGAACAUUGAUGAAAGAAAUCUUAAUACAAUGUCCCAGUAUAUUGUUCCAUUAAGCUUGAUUGAGAGGUGGGAAAGUGCAAUGGGUAUCCUUGUUAUUUUUGCUUCUUUGUAUUUUCUGCACUUCAAAUUUACCCCAUCUAUCCUCUUCGUUAUCUGAAAGUAUUCCUA